AUAAAAACUCCAGAGCAAACGGCAACAGCUGUUUCAUCUCCACCUUCGCCUUUCAUCUUUUACCGGCAUCACUCGACGGCGAAUUCACUCGCCGGAAGACAAACGCAGUCAGGGUCAGCUCCGGCGGCGCACCGCCGGUACCUCUUGCCGUCGCCCCCGGAGAGCUAGGGUUUUUCCCUGUCGUUCGAAGGCCAGGUGCAAUGGAGGGAGCCCUAGCGAGCGCUUCUUCAAUCAUGGACCAGAGGCAGAGGAUCGAACAGUACAAGCACAUCUUGGCCCCCGUCCUCGCCUCCAACGACAUCGCCCAGGCCAAGAAGUUCAUCGAUCACAUGCUCUCCGAUGAUGUGCCGCUCGUGGUGUCGCGGCAGCUGCUGCAGAACUUCGCCCAGGAAUUGGGGGUUCUGGCCCCGGAGACGCAGAAGGAGAUUGCGCAUUACACGCUCGCCCAAAUACAGCCUAGAGUCGUUUCGUUUGAAGAGCAGCCACUAAUAAUUAGAGAGAAGCUUGCAGAAUUAUAUGAAUCAGAGCAACAAUGGUCAAAAGCAGCUCAAAUGCUUAGUGGCAUUGACCUAGACUCAGCAAUGAGGAUGAUAGAUGAUAAUUUCAGAUUGUCAAAAUGUGUCCAAAUUGCUCGCCUAUACCUUGAGGAUGACGAUGCUGUAAAUGCGGAAGCUUUCAUCAACAAAGCUUCGUUCCUAGUUAGCAAUAGUCAGCAUGAAGUUUUGAAUUUACAAUACAAGGUUUGUUAUGCAAGGAUUUUAGAUUUGAAGAGAAAGUUCUUAGAAGCCGCAUUGCGGUAUUAUGAUAUAUCUCAGAUUGAGAAGCGACAAAUAGGAGAUGAAGAAAUGAUCUGCAGCAAAAGGAGGAGGAGGAGGAAGGGGGGGCGGUGGAUUCCAGGGUUGGGUUCAAUCGGUCGUCAGGUUCCGAGGGAUCAUCACAUGUCUUCGGCGACGUCGUCUUAUUGGUGCUAUAGGUGUAGCCGUUUCAUCAGGGUUUGGAGCCAAGACUCGAUCACUUGCCCCAAUUACAACAGCAGGUUUGUCGAGGAGAUUGAGAACGCGUCGCCGCCGUCGCUGAUCGCCACAGAUGCCCGCCGCAGGAGGUUCACCACCGCCGCGAUGUACACGAUCAGGUCGCAGUCGGGUCAAGACCAAAGCCCCGACCCGGUCCCCCUUCAAUUCGGUCAUCGUGCUGCGCCAGCCGUCCGACGGCAGCAAUGA